AUGGACCUUAGCAGAUGGCCGUUUUUUGGCGGUAGCGACAGUAAUGACGAGAACUUUUGUUGUCCAGAUUUGUAUGCUGCGGUCCCUUUAUCUCGUCGCCAUUCUCGCAAGUCCAUGAGCCAUUUCAAGUGCGCAAUCCUGCCUGCAACAGACGGCCUCGAGCCAACUGGGUCCUUUUCGCCUCCUGUCAAGGGGGUGGGCGUUUCGCAAAGGAAUGUCCUGCUGCAUCGUCCGGCACCCCGUCAAUGUAUUUGGGGGGAGGGUAACUUGCUCUUUGAAGGUGGCCUCGCGAGCAGAUCCCCUCGAACCUGCCCCAGCCGAGCUGUACUGUUUGCGGCAGCUCUUCACUUGUCACUAGGGUUGAUGACCUCCUUCAGACGACCCCUUCAAAAGCCACGUCUCGAAGCCAUUCGGCCAACUGGCAAGCCUUGUCAUGACAGCGAGCCAUUUGGACGAACUAAUAGAAAAAACCAGCAUAUUGACGUUGCGCCAGAGUCUUUAAAGGCAUCCGGCAAGCUUCACCACGGACAAACCCUUCUGCUCCUCUUUCUUGUACAAGAGGCGCCUGUAUGUUUUUUCAAGCAGUUGCCUAAAGGCAUGGAUGCUGUCAUGAAAGCCGACUUUUUGAGGGUCCCUUAA